GAGAGACAGAGAGAGAGAGAGAGAGAGAGAGAGAGAGAGAGAGAGAGUCUCAGUGGACCAUGGAGCCGCGCUGUGAUCGCGUGCGUCGGACGCCUCGCACCCGGUUUAUUCGUCUCCGGAGCGCAGCUGAACGGAACUAAAGCUGGAGGAUCGGUACCGAUGGCGGAUCCUCUGCGGAGGACAAUACUAGCCAAACUCAGGGGCAAGAAAGCCAAAGGGAAAGACGCGAGCAGCGCGCACCACCGACCGAGAGAAGGUAAAGAAAAAGUUUCUCUAAAGCACGCAGCUAGAGAGUUUAUGAGAGGUAAAGAGAGAGGGGUUUACGGGACCCGGACGGCGGAUCCGGUGGCCGCGCUCGGUCGCGCUGCGGCGGACGUGCGCGCGAGCGGGCGCCCGGCGCCCGGGGGUCCCGCGGGGGUCUCGGAUCAAAGCGAAGCGACGGAGAUGAAGCGCGUGCACACGCAGCGCGUCCGCGGAGACUCGAUCGGGUUCGGGAGCUGCGAACGCGUCCCUUUAAACGCCAAAAGAGACGCUUUAGAAGUAACAGAUGGUCCGGAUCUAAGGAGUAAAGCAACAAAUGUUGCGUCGCGCGAGCAACAGGCCGGAGUCGCGAGGCAGCAGCCCAGCAGAACCCCCCAUGUGUUUGAUUACAUAGACGAAAAACACGAUUUAAUUCAGGUUCUAGAAAGUUCACUGCAGUAUCACGGAGAUUUCAGGAUGCCCGCGUUACAAAGUCCCACUUUUUUCCCCACAGAGCUGGAGAUAAACGUGACCCCCGGUGCGCCGCGACAUCACUCUGUGCACAGCGAGGACGACGAUUAUUACGAUAACCAAAUUCUGCCUUUUUACACGCAAAACCAGGGGACGAUUAACCGAAUCUCUGUAGUGGAACCACCAGCUGUCCAGACUUUAGAGUUAGGAGCCAGCGAAACGGACCGGCUGAAGACGCAGCUGAAAGAAGCGUAUUAUUUAUUAAUAAACACCAUGCACGACAUCCCGUUUGAAGGUCCGGUUGAAGAUAACGGCUUCGUGGAUCAGGUCAGUAGUUCUAGCGAGUCCCACGAAAGCGUUAGUUCACGCUCCACGCCCAAACACACGGGGAGCGAUGCGUGUUUGUCCGAUGAACGCGGCGGUGCGCAGGGUUUCGGGUCGGAUUCGGCUCUCUUGACGCGCUCUGGACGCUGCCGGGUGGAAUUUAAGGGCAGCCUGCCGACUAUUUCCACAGCCAGGGUGAAACAUACUCUCCAGAGGUCUCUGAGUGACCGCGGGGUGAAGUACUCCUCCGAGUGGCCCUCGAACAGCAAAAGCCGCUCGGCUGCAGGAGACGUCCCGCUGCGAUGCUGUGAGGGUCCCGUUCAUAAUGUGAGUAAAGAGUCGGUCAGCGGCUCUGUGGUGCCGUCGGAAAUCCUCCUGGUGCCGGGCACCCAUCAGUCGGGCGAUGCUGGCGUUGUGGCUAGACAUCCGGGCGUCACGGUCAACAAGAUGCAGGAGUGGAUGCUGAAAGGCCGCAUGCUGUCGUCUGAGAUGAAGGAGAGGAUUGCCGGUUCCUCGCUGAGAGCCAGCAGCGGUCAGAUGAGACUUAAGGCCAGAGCUCAUGUCAGCGUGAGCAGAAACGCAUCGACAGGAGCGCAGCAGCAGUCAGUAGCGAUGGACUGUAUGGCUGGGUCGUCCGGCGUAUCUCGUCGUGACCCGUGCACACGCCAGCCCCCCCUCAACCACAUCACCGUCUCCAAGAAGCGCAAUUGGCUGCAGCAGAGCUCCGCCCGGCCCAUCCUGCACCCUGAAGACUUUACAUCGCCGCCUGCAGCAGAGGAGGACCUCACGGCCCCACAAACACACCCGUUUUCAGAUGCAUCAUCACGCCUGCGACGUCCCAACGUCAAACCCAGUCAGACCUCCCCACAUCCGCCCCGUCGCCCGGACCCGGCCGAGGAGAACGACGCGGAUGAUGAAGGGGAGAUUUGGUACAACCCCAUUCCUGAGGAUGAAGAAGCUGACCUUCCUCGCUGCAUUCCUAAAAUCAGGGUGGGCCGAACCGAGCCGAGCCCGGGGGCGAGCGGCCGUCGGGCGACAGGCGAGAGUGUCGGCGGUGAGGGGGGGUGCAGAGAGACGCCUCACGCGAGUGCUUCGCAUUCCAGCGAAACCUCUCAGCUGCACCGGCAGAUGUUUGCGUGCAAGACCCAGGAGGAGAACAUCAGCGUCAGGGCGACAGAGGCAUCUGAGCCAUCCGCCGGUGGGCCGUCUCCCACCUCCAGUCCAAACCCGGCUAAGCGGAGCACCGCUAUAAACUGGUCCUUCCCCGAUAAAAUCAAAUCACCCCGGACUGUCAGAAAACUCUCCAUGAAGAUGAAGAAACUGCCGGAUCUCAGCCGGAAGCUCAGCGUCAAAGGAAACCCAUCAAACCACGGCCCAUCAGAGACCGGGGUUCAGUCCAGAGCGACCAGGGUGGAGCUCGGCUCAUCUCCGCCCAGGUUGGCGACGGCGCUGGCGAGCGGUAACGUGAUUUGGCACUACCAUCUGGACAGCAGCGUGUCGACACAACACAACUUCGAUAAGAGGCGGAGCAACAGUGGCGGCGUUCCCAAGUCCGCCAGCAAGGGAGGUUACCUAAGCGACGGGGACUCGCCCGAACUCGUGGCCAAGUCAGGCAAACACGGCACCUCGGAUAGAAAGAACGGGAAGACACGGGAUCCCAACGGUAACGCCGGAAAGCUCCCGGGCACCGAGCUGGACAUCGACGCCUUCCGCUCGUACAGUUUCUCGGAGCAGCCCAAGUGUCUGUCGUACAUCUCUGGACUCAUGAGUCUGCACUUCUACGGCGCUGAAGACCUGAAGCCUCCUCGGCUGGACUCCCGCGACGUCUACUGCGCCAUCCAGGUGGACUCCGUCAACAAAGCUCGGACGGCCCUGCUCACCUGCCGCACGGCCUUCCUGGACAUGGACCACACCUUCAACAUCGACCUGGAGAACGCUCAGCAUCUCAAACUGGUGGUGUUUAGUUGGGAGUCCACGGCGCGGAGGAAUCGCGUGUGCUGUCACGGAAGCGUGGUUCUGCCCGCUAUGUUCCGCGUGAGGAAGACGCAUCAGCUGGCGGUCCGUCUGGAGCCGCGGGGGAUGAUUUACGUGAAGCUGAGCCUGAUGCAGCAGAGACUGAACUCUCAGGAUGGAGAUCACCAGCCGCAGGUGUUCGGUGUGGACGCUCGGCGUGUGGUGGAGCGAGAGGCGUCCGGACUCGUGGUUCCGCUGCUCAUUGAGAAAUGCAUCGCUGAGAUCGAGAGGAGGGGAUGUCAGGUGGUGGGUCUGUAUCGUCUCUGCGGUUCGGCUGCUGUGAAGAAGGAGCUUCGAGAAGCAUUCGAGAGGGACAGUCUCGCUGUCGAGCUGUCUGAAAACAACUACCCAGAUAUUAACGUCAUUACAGGUGUGUUGAAGGAUUAUCUCCGUGAGCUCCCUCAUCCUCUGAUCAGUCAGCAGCUGUACGAGUCGGUCCUGGAGUCGAUGUCGAGGAGGCCACUGCAGAUCGGAGCCGGCGGAUGUGAGAACGACCCGGCCGACUCCGAACACACCGUCAGUCUGCUGGAGGUUCUGCCGGAGGUCGAGAAGGCGACCCUGCGCAAACUCAUGGAUCAUCUGAAGCGCGUGGCCUCGCAUCACGAGAUGAACAAAAUGACCUGUCAGAAUCUGGCCGUGUGUUUCGGUCCGGUUCUGCUCAGUCAGAGACAGGACGCCUCCAGUCACGGGAACCGGGUGUUCAUCGACUCGGAGGAGCUGGCCAGCGCUCUGCACUUCAAAAAACACAUCGAGGUUCUGCACUACCUGCUCCAGCUGUGGCCGGUUGUGGACACUCAAGGUAACCCCUCAUCUCCUGCACCCACCCCGGUGGAGUCAUUUCCGAAGGCUGCCGUGAGAAGAAGAAAGGAUCGUCCACAGGUACUGAAUCUAAGCGAGGCGGAGGUAACCGGAGCCCUGCGACCUCGAGCCGGCCGUCUGGACAGUCCCAGUAACCGUUACGCCGGAGACUGGAGCGGCUGCAGGGAGCCGUACCUCCAGCCCAGCUGCCCGGACGACGCCGACUACACUGAUGUUCCCAACGAAGAUCCUCCGGACGUGGCGCAGGAGGACCUGCCGAAGCUUCCCGGAGACACGGUGCUUGAAGAAGACUCGCCCGAGGUGGGUGAGGGGAUGGAGAGAGACGAGAGGAUGCAGGUAGAGAAGGAAGACAGUGAAGGGGACGAUUGGGUCAGCUUCCAACGGGAGGAAUGUCUUCCCAUCAGCCCCUGCCAUCAGAUCCUCCAGGACCUUGAGGAACACAGACCCAAAGAGCACACGUAUCAGGCGUUCAUGAAGAUCCAGGAGAUCAGCCCGGUGCUCACCAACAGAGUCAACCUGCGGGACCUGCAGGAGAGCAUCGACGCCCUCAUCGGCAACCUGGAGAGAGAACUCAACAAGAACAAACUCAACAUGCGAUACUGACGUCGGGUGACUUUACCGGACCUGUUACCAUGGAAACUGUAUGGAGAUGCUCGUGGACGUGAACAAAGACAUUCCUCGGUCUUGACUCUGUGUUUGUUGAUCUCGUGAUCUUGUUUCUCUUCUUAUUAGAAGAACACAUUAAACCCUGCAGGCGGCACCCGGGGUCUUUAUUUUAUUAAAGUGGUGCUGAUGACGGUGAGAGGUUUGAACUUCUUACAGAGGUACACCAAUGCACUUAUGACGCCGCAUGGCAGGGGGUUCACUUCAGGUACACACGGGUGUGAAGCCUUACUGUGGGAGAACCACAUACUACGGGUACAUCCCAGGCCAUUAACCUCUUUCCCUACACCAGGGCUAUGUGAACUUUAUAUUCUGUGCCCUAAAUCAUUAAACCUUGCAGUUUACGCCCUAAAACUCACACCCAACGCUCUACAUCCUACAUGUUACACCCGGAAACUCACACCCUACGCAUUACACCCUGAAACUCACACCCUACAUCCUACACAUUACACCCUGAAACUCACACCCUACUUCCUACACGUUACACCCUGAAACUCACACCCUACAUCCUACACAUUACACCCUGAAACUCACACCCUACUUCCUACACGUUACACCCUGAAACUCACACCCUACGUCCUACACGUUACACCCUGAAACUCACACCCUACAUCCUACACGUUACACCCUGAAACUCACACCCUACGUCCUACACGUUACACCCUGAAACUCACACCCUACAUCCUACACGUUACACCUUGAAACUCACACCCUACAUCCUACACUACACAUAACGCCCUGAAGCUCACACUCUACGCCCUACAUGUUACACCCCAAAACUCAAACCCUUCACCACACAUUCUACACAUUACACCCUUUAGCUCACAACACAUCCUACACAUUACACCCUUUAGCUCACACCCUACGGCCUGAAGCUCACACCCUACGCAUUACACCCUGAAGCUCACGCCCUACGCAUUACACCCUGAAGCUCACGCCCUACACAUUACAUCCCGAAACUCACAGCCUGCGCCCUGAGGCUCACACCAUACAUCCUACACAUAACACCCUGUAGCACACACCCUAUACAUCACACACUAUGCCCUAAACCCUAUACAUUACACGCUCUAGCUCACGCCCUACACACUCCCUUCGGGGAGCAACAAAUGCUGCUGGUCUGUUCUUGGGGUUAUUGAUGCAGUCCUGUGCGAUUCAAAAAGAAUAUUUGAUCGUCCUCCUAAACAAGCGAUAGAGAGCUACACAUGACUAUAUGCUCGUCGUCAUUUGUACAUGAACUAUUUAAGAAUAGUUAGGCAGAGUUUUUCUGUUGGGAAACCAGCUGUGUUUGAUAUGUUAGCGUGGGUCAGGUAGCCGGAAUCAUGGUGUGAUCUUCAGUCCAGGGAUAUAAACUCAUCAGUAUUUGACACUCGCAUGUAUGUAUGAAUAGAGCUGAAAUGUGUUUCUGAUGGCGACACUUCAGUGUUGUGAAUAUUUAAAUGUUCCUCAGCUACCUUGUAGUAUUUGGCCUGUAGAUCAGUCUGAAAUAAAGAAAUCUAUAGAUGUAUAUACAGUAUAUAUAUAUAUGUAAUGAUAUAACAGUGAUGUGAGAUAUUGUGUUGAGAAUAUUUGAGUGUUAUACGGUUGAAAGCUUUAUGGUCAAACACAAACAGUGUCAUACAGCGAGAUGUAUUUAUGUGUGUAGAUAGAGAUUAUUUUAAAUACAGUGAAAUGCGGCAGCUGCACACGUUUGUAAAUGUACGGUAAUGCUUUUGUGAAUAUAAAGCUGAGAUUCUUGACAUGAUCUGAUGUGAUUUCUGAGGACAACGGUAUCUAUUAAAUCGGAUGAGGAAUCAUCUAAACGAACUUUAUCAGAAAUGUUUUGUUGAUUUGUUGUUGUUGUGUUACAUCACACUCAUGGCUCUAAAUCCAGUUAGGAUUGAAAUGAUGUGAAAUGGUUUCACACUAAAUAUAUGAAACAAGUGUUCUGCUUUAGAAGCCGGUUAUGAAAUCCCACAGUGUCAAAACUCGAUUACAGUCAUUAUGAAGGGGUUUAAACUCCCCUUACAAAAUAAGUAUGCUUCAAGUUCAUUUUGUUAUGAAAAAAUCCACUGCUUUAUCUAGCAAGUGUACUAAUAU